CUGUUUGUUUUUUCCGCUGCAUUUUUGCAGCAAGUGCAUUUUUGCUCGUUCAUAUUUUGAAAUUCGAAUUUUCCAGUUAAUUGUUUAAUCAUGGAGACAAAAAACACACUUGUGCAUUGGUUUCGUAAAGGAUUACGUGUGCAUGAUAAUCCAGCGCUAACGCUUGUGUUUAACAAAGCACUUAGUUCGCCUACACAAUUCUGUGUACGCCCAAUCUUUGUGCUCGACUCGGCGCUGUUGGAAUGGUUGCGUGUUGGCGCAAAUCGUUGGCGCUUCUUGCAACAAACUUUAGCUGAUUUGGAUGCACAAUUGCGUGAACUGAAUUCACAACUCUACGUAGUGCGUGGCACGCCGGCGACAGUAUUUCCACGCAUCUUCAAGGAUUGGCGCAUCAGCUUGCUUACAUACGAGACAGAUAUUGAGCCAUAUGCACUGACUCGUGACGCAGAAGUGCAACGUUUAGCAAAGGAAGCCGGUGUUAAGGUAGAUGCGUGUUGGUCGCAUACCAUUUAUAAUCCAGAGUUGGUGAUACAACGUAAUGGCGGCAGUGCGCCAUUGACAUAUCAGAAAUUUCUUAGUGUUGUGGAAAAAUUGAAAGUGCCGUUGCCCGUGGCGACGCCGACGAGGUUGAGUGUGGAACAUAAACCACCAAAAGAUGAUAUGGAACAGAAGGAUCCAAAUUGUUAUCUAUUUCCAACAUUGGAAGAACUCGUUAAGCGGCCUGAGGAACUGGGUGAAAACAAAUUUCCAGGCGGUGAAACUGAAGGUCUGCGCCGCUUCGAGGCGUCGCUGAGCGAUGAGUCGUGGGUAACCGCCUUUGAGAAACCAAACACCUCACCGAACUCAAUUGAACCCAGCACUACUGUGCUCAGUCCCUAUCUUAAAUUUGGUUGCCUUAGCGCACGCUUAUUUCAUCAACGUUUAAUGACUGUUUUAAAGCGGCAUCCAAAACAUUCCAAGCCGCCUGUAUCGCUCCUCGGACAAUUGCUUUGGCGUGAAUUUUAUUACACUGCCGCUGCUUCGGAGCCGAACUUCGAUCGCAUGAUAGGCAAUAAAUUCUGCAUGCAAAUACCGUGGGAAAGUAAUGAAGCGCAUUUGGCAGCGUGGACGCAUGGGCGUACUGGUUAUCCAUUUAUCGACGCUAUAAUGCGUCAGUUGCGCCAGGAAGGUUGGAUACACCAUUUGGCACGUCAUGCAGUGGCAUGUUUCUUGACACGCGGAGAUUUAUGGAUUUCCUGGGAAGAGGGACAAAAAGUAUUUGAAGAGCUGUUGCUCGAUCAGGAUUGGGCAUUGAAUGCAGGCAAUUGGAUGUGGCUUUCAGCAUCUGCCUUCUUUUAUCAAUACUUUCGUGUAUACAGCCCCGUUGCCUUCGGUAAAAAAACCGAUGCUACAGGCGCCUAUAUAAGAAAAUAUGUACCUGAACUCGCCAAGUAUCCAGCAGGUUGCAUCUAUGAGCCUUGGAAAGCGUCACUGAGCGCACAGCGUGAAUAUGGUUGUGUGCUGGGUGAAGAUUACCCACAUCGCAUAGUCAAUCACGAGAUAGUGCAUAAAGAGAAUAUCAAACGCAUGACAGCGGCAUAUAAGGUGAACCGCGAAGUAAAGCAAGGCAAAAAUUCCGAUAACGAUGGCGGCAAAGGCAAGCGUAAAAAGACCACGAAAGAAAUCAGCAGCAGGUGAAGGCUUAGAGAAUAAAACCCAAAUGGUUAAAACAACAAGGGAGACAUUAAAGCUAACAAAUUACUUCGUUCAGAAGACGAAUUAAGCAGAGAAUAUAAAGAAAAAUGAGCGGCGGAAGAGCUGAAUGAAGUACAUCAAAUGAGGGAGAAAGUUAAUACUUGCAGAAAAUUAAAGGGGGAAAUGUGUAUAUAAAAGUGUGCAUUGAAGUGAUCCACAUAAUGAAAAAUUGAAGCAAAAAAGGAAGAAAAAAUUAAAUGGAAAAAUUAGAAAGAAAAAUUUGAUGAGGAAAAAGAAAUUAAAAUGACAACGUAUAAUAAGAAACACGAAAUUAUUAAGGAUAAAGGAAAUAAAAGUAACAAAAAACUUAAUUCAAAAAAUGCGAAAGUGUUGGAAAACAUCUUACAAGAGGAGUGAAAUAAAAAUUAAUUAUUUAAAAGACAUUUGAGCUAAAAAUUUAGCAGAAGCAAAGAAAAGUAAUACAAAUUUUCAAAAGUUGCCAAUAAUUGUCGGUAUAUGUAUGUAUGCAUGUGUGCUGGUGCAUAUGUAUUGGUGUUGAUAGCAUGAAAUGUGAAAAUCAAGUCGCAAGUGCAAGCCAGGCGUGCAAGCAAGAUAAGCACGCCAUUAUAGAAUGACUAACUGGCGAAUACUACCAAACAAUAAUACACUGAACAAUACACAGGGGUCCCGGGGGCGUAUACGUAACCUCAACAAAGAGCAAAUAAGGGAAAUGAAAUGACUGAAUGAAUGAAUUACUGUGCAACGAAGCGAAGUCAAGUGCAUGUAAUCAUGUAAAGAAUAGAAAAGUACCAGAAG